CCAAACUCCAUUUGCAAGAAAAAUGUUUGUUCUGCUAAAUAUACAAAACAUUUGCAGGCUUGCAUGGGAAUUGAAGGCCCUCGAAAGAGUAGUAGAAUAUCUCAGAGAAAAGGGCCCAAUUUGAAUUCUAGUUAUUCUGGUAAUGGGGCUUCAUAUGAUGAUGAUGAAUAUGAGUCAGAAAAGGAAGCUCGAAAGAAGUCUAGUGCUAGAAAUAGAGGAAAUAAGAAGUCAUCUAAAAAGUAA